AUGGCCGGCUCUGCAAAACUCUUGUGGCUUCAACACCUUCCCGGCGAUACGAAUUCCACUCUCGCGAUCAUCGAUGAUCUUUUCCCUGGUGAUCUACUGAAGCUGUUCUCCGCCUGUGCGUUGUUCUCAGUUAUCAUGAUCCAAUUCCGUAUCGCACGGGGCUUCUUCCAGGAUUCUUUGCUCGCAUUUGAUGUGUACUAUGCAAUCUACAUGGAGUCUAUCCGGAUUGUCACUCUGAUCAAGACUAUCGUUUCCUGGAACUCGAUGAUAAGCUGGGUGGGCCUCCCCGAUAUCCUUACAUCGAUGAUCAUCCUUUCCAUCGAGUUCUUGGUCCUCUGGAAACGGAGUGAGGAUCUUAAUAGAUGGCGGAUUUUCACGAUGGUAAUGGUACUUGAGUACCCUCAGAUAUUUAACAGACUUUGGAUCUAUUGCAGCAGCACUGAUACAUGCGAUGUGCUUAUCGCUAUAGCUGAUAUAAUAUACUUUUGUAGUAGUAUAUUGCUUCUUGCUGUCUUUUCCUCCUGGUACUACGAACUGGCUCUCCGGCGCAUUGGUGGAAGAGUGGCUUGA